UCAGCAUUUUUUUCUUUUGGUAUUUCCAGAUCCAACCAAAUUGGCAUUGUUAUCCGCCAACACCCGCUUUAUUGCCUAUUUCUCGAAUCCAUUCAGCGAAUUGUUGACUCAAAGAUCAUUGAUUCAAGAUUCUGUCGACUUGGCUCCCAUACAAAAUGAAGCUCAGGCAAUUAUCGACGGCGCUCGCGCCCAGGAGGCUCGUUGCGCAACAAUGGGCAAGCUCUUCAACGAUGGCGGCUAGGCUAUACAGCACUUCGAAGCUGGCUGAAAUGGAUGCAUCGAAGCUCACUAUAACCAAGACUACUACACCUAAGGAGCUUAUCGCACCCAAGGAUCUUGUCUUUGGACACACUUUCACCGACCACAUGCUCACCUGUGAAUGGACAGCCGAAGAAGGUAGCUACUCCUGGUUGUAAUAUGAGUACAAGACAUAGCUAACAAUCGGAACAGGAUGGCACGCGCCCAAGAUUACCCCAUACCAGAACCUUUCCCUAGACCCGUCGUCCUGCGUCUUCCACUACGCAUUCGAAUGUUUCGAGGGAAUGAAGGCAUACAAGAAUGAUGCUGGAGAGAUCCGCCUGUUCCGACCAGAGAAGAACAUGGCCCGCUUCAACACAUCCUCUGCCAGAAUUGCUCUUCCCACAUUCGACCCCGAGGUUCUCACUGGCCUCAUUGCCAAGCUCGUCAAGCUCGACGAGCGCUUCAUUCCCAACCAAAAGGGCUACUCGCUAUACCUCCGCCCAACAAUGAUCGGUACCCAGGCCACUCUCGGUGUCGGCCCACCAGGCAGCGCAUUGAUGUUUGUGAUCGCAUCCCCAGUGGGCCCAUACUACCCAACUGGUUUCAAGGCUAUUUCACUGGAGGCCACCGACUACGCCGUGCGCGCAUGGCCAGGUGGUGUUGGUGACAAGAAGCUGGGUGCCAACUACGCUCCCUGCAUCGUGCCACAGCUUGAGGCUGCCAAGCGCGGCUUCCACCAGAACCUGUGGCUGUUCGGCAAGGAGGAGUAUGUUACUGAGGUCGGAACCAUGAACAUGUGGGUGGCCAUGAAGAACAAGGAGACUGGACAGAAGGAGCUCAUCACAGCACCAAUUGACGGUACCAUCCUGGAGGGUAUUACCAGAGACUCUAUCCUGAGCUUGGCAAAGGAGAAGCUCGUGCCAGAGGGAUGGAAGGUUGUUGAGCGCCAAUACACUAUGUUUGAGCUGGAUGACGCUGCAAAGGAGGGGAGACUCCUUGAGGCUUUCGGAUCUGGCACCGCAGCUGUUGUUUCCCCAGUAAGGAAUAUCAGCUGGAAGGGCAAGAUUGUUGACUGUGGCUUGAAGCCAGACCAAGAGGCUGGUGAGAUCGCCCAAAGCAUGAAGGAGUGGAUCGAGAGGAGGCAGUACGGUGAGGAGGAGCACGAGUGGAGCUACAGAGUGUAG